GCACCGCCGCCCCCGCCCGGCAGCGCGGCGACCCCGGCCCGCCAUGGGGCCCGCCCGCGCCGAUUACCUGGCGCCCUGGUGGGCGGCCUGGCUGCACGGGCUCCCGCACCGCGACCCCCGCCUGCAGCCCGUGCCCAGCACCUUCCGCCCGCAGGACCCCGACUACCAGCAGUCGCUGCUUGUCCUGGGCUUGCUGGCCGCCGUGUGCCUCGGCCUCAACCUCCUCUUCCUCACCGUGUACCUGAUCUGCCUGUGCUGCUGCAAGAGGGACCAGGACGCCGAGAGCAAGCGGCCCCACUCGUGUUGUGUCACCUGGAUGGCCGUCACCGCCGGGCUCAUCUGCUGCGCCGCCGUUGGCAUCGGCUUCUACGGGAACAGCGAGACCAACGACGGCAUUUUCCAGCUGCUCUAUGCCCUGGACCACGCCAACCAGACCCUGACUGGCAUCGACUCCCUGGUUGCCAGCACCACGCUGCAGAUGCAGGGAGCGCUGGAGCAGCACGUGGCACGGCUGAAUGAGCUGCUGGCCUCGCGGGGGGAUUACGUGCAGACCCUCAAGUUCACGCAGCAGCUGGCUGGCAGCAUUGUCCUGCAGCUCCAGGGGCUGCCAGCCUGGCGGGGCGUCAGCGCUGACCUCACUGAGCUGUCGGGACAGGUGGCCUAUGUGGAGUAUUACAGGUGGUUGGCUUACCUGCUCUUCUUCAUCCUCGUCCUCACCGUCUGCCUGCUGGCCUGCCUGGGGCUGGCCAAGCACUCCCGCUGCCUCCUGCUCCUGAUGCUGUGCUGUGGGCUGCUCAUGGUGGUCCUCAGCUGGACCUCCAUGGCCGUGGACAUGGCGGCCGCAGUGGGCACCAGCGACUUCUGUGUGGCCCCGGACAAGUUCAUCCUGAACCAGACAGAUGAUGAGAUCAGUGCAGAGGUGGUUCAUUAUUACCUGUACUGUGACCAGAGCCUGAGCAGCCCCUUCCAGCAGGCUCUCACCAUGUUCCAGCGCUCGCUGACCACCAUGCAGAUCCAGAUCCAGGGGCUCAUCCAGUAUGCGCUGCCCCUCUUCCCCACAGCUGAGAAAGACCUGCUGGGGGUGCAGCAGCUCCUCAACUCCUCGGAGACCAGCCUGCACCAGCUGACAGCCCUGCUGGACUGCCGGGGGCUGCACAAGGAUUACCUGGAUGGCCUCAUUGGCAUCUGCUACGACGGCGUGGAGGGGCUGCUCUACCUGGGGCUCUUCUCCCUGCUGGCGGCCGCCGCCUUCUCCACGGUGAUCUGCGCGGCGCCGCGCGCCUGGCAGCAGCUGGCGGGGCGGGAGCGCGACUACGACGACAUGGACGAGGAGGACCCGUUCAACCCCGCGGCGCGGCGCAUGGCCGCGCACCGCCCGCCGCGGGGGCAGCUGCGCAGCUUCUGCAGCUACAGCAGCAGCCUGGGCAGCCAGAGCAGCCUGCAGCCCCCGGCGGCGCAGACCGUGUCCAACGCGCCCGUCUCCGAGUACAUGAACCAGGCCGUGCUCUUCGGAGGGAACCCCCGCUAUGAGAACGUGCCCCUCAUCGGGAGGGGCUCUCCUCCCCCCACGUACUCCCCGAGCAUGAGAGCCACGUACCUGGCGGUCACCGAUGAGCACGUCCGGCACCGCGGCGACUUCCCGGCCUAGCAGGGCGCACCAAAGAGCGCGGAGGCACAGCCCGGCACAUGGGGUAGGAGCCGCGGCGGGGCUGGGGGCCAAAGCUGGAGCCCCCCAGCGCGCCCUGCCCUGGGCAGCCCCACACCCGCUGCCUUAGGGGCUCCCGGGAGCGCAGAGCGGCUGCGGGGGCUCCUCCUGUCCCCGCAGAACAUUCCGGAGCGCACACCCCGCGCCACGCUGCCCUGGCGCUCCCCUAGCAAUGCAGCACCAACCACUAGUGAUCCCAAACCCUUCCCCAGCCCUUUCCGGCCCCCAUGGCGUUCCCAGGACGAGGGAUUUGGGAUGUUUUGGCCCUGCGGGUUUUCCCUGCUUUGCCGCCGGGGUUUGGGAGGUGCUGGCCUGUUUCAGGGAGGGGUCGC